AUGAUGGAGCGGAUCAACACGUCUGAAACGGUUCUGAACAUUGAUCAGUUUUUGCUGUACGGAGAGUACAGGGAGCAGCUCGGAAACUUUGCCCGUCGAGAGGCAGCACGUUUACUCACAGAGAGACAAUGGAGGAAAAGAGCCGGAGAAGGCAGCACGCACAGUGGCCGCAAAGGACUCGGGCGGAGGCAUCACCAUCAGCCUUCGACUCUGGAGUCACACCACAGCUAUGCGUCCUCUACCAUGAAGCCCCGCCCAUACUCCAAAUGCCAAGACUGUUUGGCUCGUGUGCGGCGAUACAUAGUGAACAAGAUGGGGGACGACUGGAUUUUUCUGGUUCUUCUUGGUCUAGCUAUGGCUUUAGUCAGCUGGACGAUGGACUAUGCCAGUGCCAAGAGUCUCCAAGCCUACAAGUGGAUACAUGGGGAGCUUAAAGGCAAUGUGCCACUGCAGUACCUUGCAUGGGUCACUUAUCCCAUGAUCCUUGUCAUGUUUGCAUCGCUCUUCUGUCACCUGGUUUCCCCACAGGCUAUCGGUUCUGGUAUCCCUGAGCUGAAAACCAUUUUAAGAGGUGUUGUGCUAAAGGAAUAUUUAACCCUGAAAGCCUUUGUGGCCAAAGUCAUUGGACUCACAGCAGGUCUGGGCAGUGGCAUGCCAGUCGGAAAAGAGGGGCCGUUUGUCCACAUUGCUAGUAUCUGUGCCGCAGUGCUCAGUCGAUUCAUGUCCAUUUUCUCAGGCGUAUAUGAGAAUGGCAUCCAUAAUCAGGACCUGUUGGUGUGUGCGUGUGCCGUGGGAGUGGCCACCUGUUUCGCCGCCCCAGUGGGAGGCAAGUCUCUCACUUUCUCUUGGCACACUGCUCCUGGCUGCGCGGUGGGGGUGGGCUGCUGCUUCGGGACUCCACUAGGAGGGGUCUUGUUCAGUAUUGAGGUUACAUCCACCUACUUUGCUGUGAGGAAUUACUGGCGGGGUUAUUUUGCUGCCACGUUCAGUGCCUUCAUAUUCAGGGUGCUCUCGGUUUGGAACAAGGAUGCUGUAACAAUUACAGCUCUCUUCAAAACCAACUUCAGGAUGGAUUUUCCAUUCGAUCUACAAGAGCUUCCUGCCUUUGCAAUCAUAGGGAUUUGUUGUGGCUUUUUUGGGGCAUUCUUUGUCUACCUAAACAGACAGGUGGUGUUGUUCAUGAGAAGGCCCACUGCACUCACUCGCUUUCUAACAAAACAUCGACUCAUCUAUCCCGGCGCAGUGACUCUGAUCAUCGCCACCUUCACAUUUCCUCCAGGGUUUGGACAGUUUAUGGCUGGAGAGCUCAUGCCUCGAGAAUGUAUCAACUCUCUGUUUGACAACUUGACCUGGACCAAAAUCUCGGGUUCCCCUCUGCCCCCUGGCCUGGGUCGCUCCGCUGCCUGGCUUCACCCACAAGUCAGCGUCUUUGUCAUUCUCCUGCUCUUCUUCAUCAUGAAGUUCUGGAUGUCAGCAGUUUCCACGACGAUGCCCAUCCCCUCAGGCGCAUUUAUGCCCGUGUUCAUUUUGGGGGCAUCCUUUGGUCGCCUCGUAGGAGAGAUCAUGGCCACUCUGUUUCCAAAUGGAAUCCUGUUUGAUGGGAUUGUGUACCGGAUUCUGCCAGGAGGCUAUGCUGUGAUUGGAGCCGCCGCUAUGACCGGAGCCGUCACACAUACAGUCUCUACUGCAGUGAUCUGCUUUGAGUUGACGGGGCAGAUUUCUCAUAUCUUGCCCAUGAUGGUGGCUGUGAUCCUGGCAAACAUGGUGGCUCAAGGCCUGCAGCCCUCCCUGUAUGACUCCAUCAUCCAAGUGAAGAAGCUGCCCUACCUGCCUGAGCUGGCCCUCGGCCACAUCAGCAAGUACAACAUCUUUGUGGAAGAUAUUAUGGUGCGUAAAGUCAAGUUUCUGUCAUCUGAAUCCUCCUACAGAGAACUAAACCGCCUUUUUGACGCAACAACCCUGAAAACAAUUCCACUCGUCGACUCUAAAGAAUCCAUGAUCCUUCUGGGCUCCAUUGAGAGAACAGAGCUGCAGGCCAUCCUCGACUGGUGGCUGUCCCCGGAGCGUCGUGCCUUUGAAAGAGGGCAGACAUCACCGGGCCAGGCCUCCAAAGUCAGCUGGGAGUCCUUCACCUUUGUGGAUGAGGAGGGCGGAGACGACACCAAAGCCAAGACUCCUGCGCUGGAGGAGUGUAACGGCCCUGUCCCUUCUCCAAAACCCCAAGAGCCUUCGUCCAACCACCGAGGCUCAGACAAACGUAAGCUGCCAUCUGUGAGGCAUGCUUUACAAAGACUUUUCUCCUCCACAUCGGCAACUGGACAGGCAGAUAGUCAGGAGACCACCACGCCUCAAGUAACUGACACCAUGUCUCCAGAAGAGAUCAAAGCCUGGGAAGAAGCCGAGCUGGACAAACCAAUCGAUAUGGAUCAGGUGCGCAUAGACCCCUCCCCCUUUCAGCUGGUGGAGAGGACAUCGCUGCACAAGACCCACACGCUCUUCUCCCUGCUAGGCCUCAGUCACGCGUACGUCACCAGCAUUGGGAAACUGGUGGGGGUCGUGGCGCUAAAAGAGUUACAAAAGGCCAUCGAAGGCUCCACUCGCAGUGGGGUGAGGCUACGGCCGCCACUGGCGAGCUUCAGGGACGCGAGCCGAAAAGCCAAGAAGCAUCAGCCGUCCACCUCGUCCACGCCCUCGUCGCCCACGCGGGACAGGGAGCUGUGGGGGGAGGGGGCACGGCAGGGGACCGUGGGGGAGAUGGUCAGGAGCGUUUCUAGUCAAGACUUCCAGAGAAAAGCCUCAUCCAGCAGACUGACAUCUCUCUGUGACAGCGUGCCCUCGUCACCCGGAAGCAGCUCUCUGGGGGUGAGCCAAGAGGAGCCUGUGUCCCCCUCCACCUCAUCCUCUCCCCCAGCCUCCCCACGCUCCCACAACCCCCCUGUGCUCACACUGUCCUCCCUACAGGAGGAGAGGGAGAGUGAGGAGUCCGACGAGCCCAUCUGA